AUGAGCGAUGGCAUGGCCGAGCUCGGGUUCAACGACGUCCCACGCGGCCAGAUCCUCUUGGUCAACGACGUGGUCGAGGCCAAUGGCUGCUUCCUCCUCCACCAUCUGACGUCCAUGGCUGUCCGAGCAGAGCAACGGGUGUGCAUGCUCGCCCUUAGCAACAGCGUCGAGCAGUAUACCAGCGUGGGCCGCAAGAUGGGCGUGAACGUACAAGCAGCGAUCGCGCAGCAGCGCUGGCUGCACAUCGAUGGCUUCUCGCGCCCGUACGACUGGUGCGCUACGGCGCCGACCGACGGUUCGUUCAGCAUGACCGACGCCGCCACGACCAGCGACUUGCACGCGCUCUUUCUGCGCGUCCAGUCAUUUGUUGCCGCAGACGCUUGCGUCCUUGUGAUCGACGACCUCACGGCGCUGGCGGCGUUCUACGGCGUCGCUUCAACGCUUGCGUUUGUCCGCUACUGCCGCCACCUUGCUCUGACAACCGAGUCGACCUUGCUCAUGCUCGUGCACGGCGACGUCGACUGCGAGGAUCAUGCCACGGCUUUUAUUCCCGCCGUGACGGACUUGGCAUCGACGGUACUCACGGUGCGCGGCCUCGAGAGCGGCUACUGCAAAGACAUCCACGGCUCGGUGACCGUCACGCCCCGGCGGCAGCCUUCGUCGCGACCCGUCUCCUCGAUACUGGCCAAGACGCUGCAGUUUAAACUCGUCGAGUCGGGCAUGCGGUCGAUCCGCGCCGGUCUCGAUGUCUAA